ACAUCUGUAGCCCCCGCAACUUUUGCAUCUAAAUAUAAAACUGCGCAGAUGUACAAACGUUUCUUCUUAAAGAGGUCAGCUUGAUGUUUUUUUUUUGUUUGUUUGUUUUUUGUUACCUGACAGUACGGUGGACAUUGGACCAUAUUGUAGCUGGUAAGAUCACUGACUUUUCUGUGGGCUGUUUUCGUCGAGAACAUAUUGAGAGACAGCCUCGGGGGCUUAGGCUGCCGCAGUUUGAAGUGCCCCAAACAAACUGUCCGGAGUUCAUUUGAAAGGCCGGUUUCUCGCGCCAGUCCAAGAAACCAGCAGCACAGUCCAGAGUGCAAGAUGGACCUGGACAGUAAACGACUGGUGGUGGUGGUGCCAAAUGAAGUGUCGGUGGCCUCGCGUAGAGUGUUCAGCAGCGAGGAUGAGGCAUGGAAGAGCUACCUGGAGAAUCCGCUGACUGCUGCCACUAAGGCCAUGAUGAGCAUCAAUGGAGAUGAGGACAGUGUAGCAGCUCUGGGGCUGCUGUAUGACUACUACAAGGUUCCCAGCGAGAGAAAGCGCUCGGUCAGUGGUGUUACACCCGUAGACCCCUCUGCUGCUGGGCCACUCACGUACAGGGGCCAGGACAUGCUGGAUCACCACUAUCAAACUCUAAGAUCCAUGCCGGUGAACCUCUCCCUGAACAGCUCGGCUACAGAACAUCACGGCUCCAAGCGAGGUGCUGUGAGCAAUGCCUCAGAUACUAGAGGAGGAGAUGGUAAAAGCAGGGGCUGUGCACCUCUUGUUCUGGUGAAGACAGAGAACCAAACAUCCAUGUCGGUUUUAUGUUCUGGUGGCUCCAACCUAGAAGAACCCAGAGAGCAGUCAAGGAUCCUUUAUGAGCAGAACUGCUAUGAUUUAUCACCCUCUGGUUACCAAAAAGAUGAGCAGAGCAGCACCCCGGACAGCACGUAUGAGGACGCUGUGGAAGGAGAGAUUUACCAUAGAAGUCCAUCUUCACGAGGCGAUGCAUCUCUCCAUAAACUGCCAAUCGACAGCUUCAAGUACAGCCUGGAAGCCAGCAUGUCACUGCGGCCACGGCAAGGAGAAGGACCUAUGGCUUACCUGAACCGGGGCCAGUUCUAUGCUUUGACGUUGUCCAAUAAUGGCUACAGAUCUUCCCACUGUCAGCCCAGUGCCAAAGCUUGGGGGGCGCCUGAUGGGAAGCUAUCCCGCAGUGAGCAACGUGCUUCUUUUGGGGGCUCUGAUCUGCAGAGGGACACUGUUGUACAGAGUGUUAUAAUGGCCGUGUUCGGGGAAGACAAGUCCAGAGAUGAUCAGCUGAAGAACUGGAAAUAUUGGCACUCCAGACAACACACUGCAAAACAAAGGGUUUUAGAUAUUGCUGACUACAAGGAGAGCUUCAGCACCAUUGGGAAUGUGGAGGAAAUAGCCUAUAAUGCUGUUUCUUUCACCUGGGAUGUGAGUGAAGAAGCCAAGGUUUUUAUCUCUGUGAACUGUCUGAGCACAGACUUCUCCUCACAGAAGGGAGUGAAGGGCAUGCCUCUGAUAAUCCAGAUCGACACCUACAGCUACAACAGCUGCAGCAGCAGGCCUAUCCACAGGGCCUUCACUCAAAUCAAGGUCUUCUGUGACAAGGGAGCUGAGAGGAAACUCCGUGAUGAGGAGAAGAAACAACUAAGAAGGAGGGCAAAAGGGAAAAACAGCAGCUCAGGACCAAGCUCCCCCAUCAGGAGGGCUGAAGGCACCCUGUUCAAAAGCAUGUUGGACUUGGACUCCCAGCCAGUCCUCUUCAUUCCUGACGUCCACUUUGGGAACCUGCAGAGAGCAGGACAGGUAUUUGCUGUCAACACUGAUGAAGUUGUCAUGGACAGAGCACUUCCUAUGAAGAAGCUGUCAUGUCAGGAAGAGAUCUGCCCACCUCAGCCCAAGAAAUCCAAGGUGGAGCCUGAAAGGAAAGUUUUGCUGUAUGUGAGGAAGGAGUGCGAUGAGGUAUUUGAUGCUUUAAUGCUGCGUGCCCCAACCCUCAGAGCACUGCUGGAGGCAAUCUCUGAGAAAUACACAGUACCUGUUGAGAGGAUUACCAAAGUUUAUCAGAAAAGCAAAAAAGGGGUCCUGGUGAACAUGGAUGACAACAUCAUUCAGCACUACUCCAAUGAGGACACCUUCAUCCUCGCUUUGGAGAGCUCAGCCAACACAUUUCGUGUUACUCUGUCAGAAAUCUGACAGUUGUCUGCCUCAGUGCUGUAUUCAGGAGUCAUUAUGUAUUGCAUAAUGGUGCCGCUGUGUGUGGCCUGCCGUCUGUCAUGGAGCACUCUGUGUGUGUUUGUGAUGCUCUUGUCAAAUGUCAUCUACAAUUGGAACUCUCUGUUGGUGUAUGAUUGUCAUACUCUUCCAGAUUUACAGUUUUCAGCCAAAAGUCGCUGAAUUUUAUCAACAUGGUUGAAAACUUUGUCUCCUCUUCUAUCAGAGAUAUCCGCUUACCUAAGCCGCACCCUCCUGCCACGUCUUUGGAGGAGAUGCCACCCCUGCCGGGGAAGGGCAGUGGACCCCUGCUGACACAAAAACAAUGUCAUGCUGCUUUUUCCUGGGGCCUCAUUAAAUAAUCGUGGGGUAGUUCAUGGUUUCCUCACUGGAGCCAGCCGACGCAUGCGCGUUGCCUGUUAUUGGCCCAGAUGAGGUGUGCCAGCUUUGCAUGGCAGUGUGGGAAAUCUGCAACCUCUCCGCAAAGCUCCUGUCAGUGCUUUGGUUGCACCAGCUCCUGUCAGGUUUGGACUGGUGAACUCCAGGUAAAUAUGUAACAAGACUUUCAUCCUCAAAGACUUCUUCACCUCAGGUGGUAUGGAUUUUCUCUGCUUAACAGAGGCCUGGAUGAAUGCUGGUGAGGCUAGUGCCUUUUUCUGAAUUGUUGCCACCAGAUGGCAGCUAUGAGCGCCCUACGAAUGUCUGGACAAGGAGGAGGGUCAGCAAAUGUGUUAAAGGAGGGUUACAAAUGUAAGCAGCAUCCUCUAUCAUCAUCUUUAUUUUUGACAUUGGCCACUCUAAACCAAUAUUGUGCGCAGUAAUUUAUCAGCCACCCAAAUAUCAUAAGGACUUUUAAAUGACUUUUCCAUAUUUUUAGCCGAAAUGUCUAAAUAUGAUAGUUUUUAUUGUUCAUGAUUUGAUAUACAUGUUUGUUGUCUGGACAAAUGUUUGGUGAAAGACAUUUUAAGCCUCCUGGCUCUUUUAAUUUUAUACAGUGUGUGUCUGGGCCAACACAGCGGUUCUUGUGUUGUCUUCUACAGGUCCUUCUCAAAAUAUUAGCAUAUUGUGAUAGUUAAUUAUUUUCCAUAAUGUAAUGAUGAAAAUUUAACAUUCAUAUA